CGCGAAUGUACAAUUCGAUUUUUAUAAUUUUAUUUGUUUUAACAAAGUGGUUUUCCACUAGCAAUUACCCUCGGGAAUUAUUUUCCGUUAAUCAUGACACAAAUGAAAUAAUUUGGUUAUUUAAUUAGGCAGUGGUGCUAAUAAAUCACCGCGACGUAAUGUUAAUCAUCAUUGAAUCCUGUUGAUAAAUGGGAAGGAUGUCUCUCUUGUACUCCAGUGAAUCACCUAGUCCUGUAACCUUGUGCUUCAAUGGUAGCACGACAGAUUGUUCUCCUUGUAUGUGGAACAAUAUUUCUUCGAUCCCAUCACCGAUGUUGGGAACAAUCCCACUAUCGGAAGACCCCCGGAUUGAAGUUCUCAGACUUUACUCUUACGGAGUAGCUCUACCUUUUAUUUGCUUUUUGGGUAUAGUAGGAAAUAUCUUCAAUCUGAUUGUGCUAACUAGGAGAAAUAUGCGAGGAACGGCAUACAUCUACAUGAGAGGGUAUUCAGCAGCGGCAUUGUUGGCCAUCCUGUUUGCCUUGCCAUUCGCUUGGCGAGUGCUAGUCCAUCGCGAGCAGGGUCACUGGGAACAACCACUCUCAGCAUUCUACUUCGCACACUUGGAAUUGUUCUUGGGAAACGCCUGUUUGGGUGUAGGAGUGUUAAUGCUCCUCGCCCUCACCUUAGAACGUUACGUUAGCGUAUGCCAUCCAGGUCACGCUCGUCCCAUUCUAGGCUCUCCUCGACGUGCAGUUGUUCUUAUCCCAAUCAUUACAUUCAUCCUGUACUUCCCCGCUGCUUUUCGAAGUAAAGUCACCAUAUGUCGGUUAUUACCCGACAGUGUUAUUAUAUACCAAAGACAAGAAUUGACCACUUUGGUAGAACAUCCUUUAUACAGCAUCUACAAAGUGCUGUUGGAAUUCGUUUUUAAAGUAAUACCGAUUAUUUUAUUGGCGGCACUCAAUCUAAGGAUUUUGAUUGUUUAUCGGAAAACAUGUGAGAAAAGAAGGAGGAUGACGCUAAGUAGGACAUCUUCGGGUGAAGAGGAUCCUCGGAAGUUUGCAGAAGAACGUAGAUUGGUGUUGUUGUUGGGGUCUACGAGUAUUUUAUUUCUUGUCUGCAUUACCCCAAUGGUCAUUCUUAAUGUCACUUUAUCGCAGAAUAACUUAACUAAAUACCCGUAUCAGGUGUUUCGCGCUAUCGCCAACUUGUUGGAAAUAACAAACUACUCCAUCACCUUUUACAUCUACUGUUUAUUCUCUGAAGACUUUCGUAACACGUUGCUUCGAACUUUUCACUUAUCAAGAGCUACUCCUGCGAGAGGCACUGUAAAGCCACCACCACCCACAGCCACAACCACAAUCACACACCCCCGCAGUGUUUGA